AUGGGCUGCCCGCCUGAUUUGGAUGUGUUUGUGGAAAAUAAGGUUGUCAUCGAUGAAGAAAUAUUCCAGAUGUGGAUUGAUGGUCGUGAAGUUGGGGAUGCAGCUAAGCAAUUGGAAGAUCCAGAGCUGAUGCAGGAAUUUGGAGCAUCCUAUGAUAUGCUUAUUGCAGAUGUCAAUCAUCAUUAUCAUCUUUUUGCAGUACUGGAGCAAAGUCUCCACUUUCCUAAGCAGCUCAUAGAGCAAUGGACAUUACAGCUGCAUCCAGAUACCCAGAGCUGUGUCAUUGAAAGGUAUUAUAGCAUUCAUGACCUUGUGAUGAGAGAAAUUUUGGGAAAGAAGUUAUCUUCUCGCAAUCGGAAGGAUCUAGAUGAAGUUUGUGAGAAGACUGGAGUAUCAAUUACAUCCUGUAGGAAAUAUGCUGCUAUGGUUUUCAUGUGCAAUAACAGAUUUGAAACCAACAAACGUAAGCUGGCCUGCUUGUCUUUUGAUGAUUUUGUCACAUGUGCUUGGGCCAUGAUGGCUUCAUGGGUGAGCAUUGGAUCUGAAAGUCGGUCAGACUUCACCGAUCUUGAAUUGGAUAGGGAAUUCCUUCAAGAACUUCGGGACUUGAAAAUCCUCCAAGAGAAGGAGAAGGAGCAUCGCAGUGCCACUCAGGAGUUACUGAAGAAAGCUGGUCAUGAUGCCAUUGUUCCAGAUGCAGAGAGCUCAUUCAAAACUCUAAAUAGGGGGGUCAUUUCAAUUGCCAUGGGUCUCCUGCAUGGCCGAGAGCUCAGGGACUUUUUUGUGGAUGUGGUGGAGAAGAUUGUUGAACCUUUGAAGGCUGCAAAAUGGAGCAGUGAAAACCUUGGACCAUUCUUAAUGGCAUACUCUGAAGGUGCUCUCCAGGUGGAAAUACUCAAGAACUCUUCAGGCAAAACUUUUCGAGAUAUGAAUUAG